AUGAUGGAGCCCGACUCACAACUGCGAAAUCUGCGGGAUUUUCUUCUCGUUUACAACCGAAUGACAGAGAUCUGCUUCCAGCGAUGCUCCACCAACUUCAACUAUAGAAGUCUCACUAUGGACGAGGAGCGUUGCGUGGACAACUGUGCUGGAAAGUUGAUCCGAUCUAACCACCGCCUGAUGGGCACCUACGUCACCCUUAUGCCCAAAAUGGUGCAGCGACGCAUGGAAGAGAUGGAGAGCAAGAUGGCUGAAAAUGCAAAGAUGGAGGCAGAAGCAGCUGCAAAAGCCGGGGUCCUUGAGGAAGCGGUCAAAAACAGCAGGCUACAUGAUAUCAAGACUGGAGACAGGAGCGGAGACCAGCGCACAGAGGAAGCCUUCAGUCUGAACAUGGAUGACAUCUUCACUCAGUGUCGAGAGGGGAACUCUGUGGCUGUCCGGCUUUGGCUGGACAACACUGAAAAUGACCUCAACCUGGGGGACGACCACGGCUUCAGCCCCCUGCACUGGGCCUGCAGAGAGGGUAGGAGUGGGGUGGUGGACAUGCUGAUCAUGAGAGGCGCUCGGAUCAACGUGAUGAACAGAGGAGACGACACACCACUGCAUCUCGCUUCCAGCCACGGACACAGAGACAUCGUGGCUAAGCUCAUUCAGUGCAAAGCUGACCCCAAUACAGUUAACGAACAUGGGAACACCCCUCUGCAUUAUGCCUGCUUUUGGGGGCAAGACCAAGUGGCAGAGGAUCUGGUUGCCAGUGGUGCUCAGGUGUGCGUAUGUAACAGAUAUGGACAAACACCUUUGGACAAAGCCAAAGCUCACCUAAAACAACUGCUUCAGGAAAAGGCAGAAAAGACAGGCCAGAACAUGGCCAAAAUUCCUUAUAAGGAAACCUUUUGGAAAGGAACGAUGAGGACACGACCCCGAAAUGGUACUCUGAACAAACAGGCUGGAAUUGACUAUACACAGCUUUCACUUUUGGCCAAGAUCAACGAAAAUCAGUCCGGAGAGUUGUGGCAGGGCCGGUGGCAGGGCGAUGAGAUCAUAGUAAAAGUCCUACAUGUGAGGGACUGGACAACCAGAAAGAGCAGAGAUUUUAAUGAGGAGCAUCCAAAACUCAGAAUCUUUUCUCAUCCAAACAUCCUCCCUGUCCUGGGAGCGUGUCAGUCGCCUCCUUCUCCUCACCCAAUCCUCAUCACUCGCUACAUGCCUUACGGGUCGCUCUUCAAUAUUUUACAUCAAGGCACAACUCUUGUUGUUGAUCAAAGCCAGGCGGUUAAAUUUGCAUUGGACAUUGCGAGUGGCAUGGCUUUCCUUCACACUUUAGAGCCAAUGGUUUCCCGGCUUUAUCUGAACAGUAAGCAUGUAAUGAUUGACGAGGACAUGACGGGCAGAAUCAGCAUGGCCGACGCCAAGUUGUCUUUCCAGUGUCCAGGCCGCAUGUACUCUCCUGCGUGGAUGGCCCCUGAAGCUUUGCAGAAAAGGCCUGAGGAUAUCAACAGGAGGUCUGCUGAUAUGUGGAGCUUCGCCGUGUUAUUGUGGGAGCUUGUGACAAGAGAGGUCCCAUUCGCAGAUCUUUCAAACAUGGAGAUAGGCAUGAAGGUGUCGCUGGAAGGACUUCGACCCACGAUUCCGCCUGGUAUUUCUCCUCAUAUCUGCAAACUGAUGAGGCUCUGCAUGAAUGAGGACCCUGCCAAGAGACCCAAGUUUGACAUGAUCGUGCCCAUCCUGGAGAAGAUGCAGGACAAAUAA